GGAAUACAAAAAUGAUGUUACUCAUAAAUUUCAAACAAUGAACCGAUUAUCAAUAAAUAUGAUCCAGUUCAGAUUUUUUUUAUUUUAAUAAAAUUUCAUCUCUCCUAUUUUUAACAUUAAUAAACAUUAUUUAUCAUAAUAUUUCGCAAUGUCUUUGGACACCUAUAGAAACCAAAUCCUUUCAAACUCUAGUGAGGGAAAUGUCGAAGUCAAUCAAAGAGACUUAAUUGAUAAGAUUUUGGCUCGAUAUUCCUGUAAAUUUGUAAUAUAUCGGGAAUUAAUGCAAAAUUCUGAUGAUGCGGAAUCAUCAAGCGUUAAAAUUAUAUUUGAAACCAAUGGCAGUAAAAUUACAAGAAUAUUAUUUAAAAAUAAUGGAUUCGCUUUUAGAUCUGAAGAUUGGAAUCGUUUAGUGAAAAUUGCCGAAGGAAAUCCUGAUGAACAAAAGAUAGGAGCUUUUGGCGUAGGAUUUUAUUCAUUGUUUUCUGUUACUGAAAAUCCAUUUGUUUCCUCUGGUGGACAAGGAAUGGCUUUCUAUUGGCGCGGGAACCAAGUAUUCACGAAACAAGGUCCAAUUGAUGAUGAUGACAAAGGUUGGACUACAUUUUUAAUGGAUACUAGGGAACCUUUAGAGAUACCAAAUAUUGAGGAAUUCGCACGUUUCUUGGUCAAUUCAUUGGGGUUUACGGAAAAUCUUCAAGAAGUAUCUAUGUAUAUUGAUGAUGUAUUGAUAAUACAACUAUCAAAGAAAAUGCAAGAACCAAAAUUGGUUGAAAUUGCAUCUGGCUUAAAUACAUUUUCUCCAAACAAUAUGUUUCAUCUCACAUCUGUAGAUUUUAGAGGUGUUCAACUAGAUGUUAAAAGGUUACUUAUACCAACGAAAUUGAACAUAAAACAACUUCGUUCACACAUGUAUCAAACAUUAGAAGAAUCUAUAUUAUUUAGAAUUGCCAAUGGAAAUUUAGACGUUAAAGUUAGCAAAGAAUUUUCUGCAAAAAUGGAACGAGUUACUAAGAAAAAGCCACCAAAUAAUACGUUCAUUCAAAUGAUUUAUGCUGAAUUUGAUGAACGUAAUUUAUCUAAAGAUGAUAAUAAAGAUAUUUCUCCUAUAUAUAAAGAUUUAAUUUCAUAUCCUGAACAAGGAAAAAUAUAUAUUGGUUUUCCAACUAAUCAAACAACCGGUUCUUGUUCUCACUUAGCAGCUCGUGUAAUUCCUACCAUGGAACGAGAGUUGAUUGAUUUUGCUGAACCAACAUUAGCUGAAUAUAACAAUGAAAUGUUAUGUUUAGCAGGAACAUUAAGUAGAAUUUUAUAUGAAUAUGAAAUGGCUCAAAUAACAAACUUUUAUAAUGAAAUUAUCAGUUCCGAUAUUGAAAACAAUGAAGAAACCAAACGACCUGAAAAGAGUACAUCUAAGUCAAGAUCGAAAAGGUCGUUAUAUAAAUGGCUUAAAAAACGAGUAUUACAUUUUAGUUUCAAAAAACGUACAUCAAUCGUACAAAUGACACAAUAUGAUGAAAAAAUCUCUCCCUAUCGUAAAUGGCUGGAAAAAUGGGCAGCAUAUGCCAUAGCACACUUUACAUACAAUACAGGUACUCCGAAUAUGCAAGUUAGCACAAUAGCAGAAACACAAUUUUCAAGUUGUUUGAAACAAAACUUGUUGAUUUUAUCAACGCAUGGUGUUCUUCCAAUAUCAAAUGUUCGCUUGCCUAAUCCAAAAAUAACAGGAUUCAUAAAGACAGUACCACUCGUUCCAAAAAAUUUGUUGGAACAAUGUAAUCUGUUUUUUAAUAAAGCCAAAGAAGUAGAGCUUAUAGCAGAGUUAGGUUUACAAGAUAUUUUAGAUGAAUUAAAAAUCCGAACAUUGUCUGAAGAAGAAAUUAUUAAGCUUUUGAAAUGGUGGAUUUCUUAUUUGACAGAAGAUAAUAAUUUUGACACGCAACUUUUGAAAUUUGCUCGAAUUGGGGAUAGUUCUCAAACUCUGAAUACAAUUCAAUUUUAUUCGAACCCAAAUAAAAUUCCCUUAGAUAUGAGUAUUCCAUUUGAAGUAUUACCAAAUAAUAUUUCCAAAAAUUUUACUGGGCAAGAGCUUGAAAAUAGAUUUGGAUGGACCGAAUUGCCUUUGGUUAAUUGGGCAAAGUUUAUUGUCAAAAAACCUGAAUUAGAAUCAGAUUUUGAAUUUGCGGAAAAAGUUCAUCAUGUUAUAGCAAAGAAUUUAGAAGAUAUUUCACAAGAAGAUAAAGAAACUAUUCGUCAGUUAUUUGUUGAAAAGAAAUGUAUUCCAACUGAAUUUGGAAUGAAGUAUCCCAACGAAUCUUAUUUCCAAAGUGUUGAUCUAUUUCCUAACUUACCAACGAUAAAAUUUCAAGACUUCACAUCGAGCGUUCGACGUUUGAUGGAACAUUUUGGAGUUCGAAUGUCUGUAGAAUUAAAACUCAUUCUUAAACGACUCGUUAAUCAAGAAGAUUGUUAUUAUAUUCAAAUCAUAAAAUAUCUUGCAUCAAUAUCAGAUGAUCUCAGUGAAGAUGAAAAGAAUAUAUUAAAAAACGAAUCCAUCUGGCCUAAAGAAAAUUUAUCAGGUUCACAGCCAACAGGAGAAAUUCAACGUUUUGUUGCUAGAGAUUUAUAUAUACCUUUAAGAUCACAUCGUGAAUUUGGUUUACAUUUAAUUGAUUGGAAUGUAGAAUGGUCUAAUAGCUCAAAAGAAGGAAAAUUUCUAAUUGAAUUGGGUUUACGAAAACAUCCCAAUCUUGAGACAAUUAUCAAACUUGCGGCACCUCCAACUGAUCCAAAAAUUCGAGAAUUGGCUCUUAAAUAUUUUAUUGAUAAUUUUGAUAUUUAUUCUCAAUUUUACAAACCAGAAGUAGUCAAUAUUGCAUUUUUACCUUGUUCAAAUUCCGAUACUUACGCAAAACCUUCAGAGUGCUACGCUGAUGAUAAAUGCACGAUAAUGAAUUUCCAAAUUAUACGUGAAGAUUUACGUUCUAAAGCAGAAAAAUUAGGCGUUCGUCAACAUCCUAAUCAUGAAAAACUCGUAAAGUGGUUAACUGAGAAUCCACCACAAAAUAAAAACAAGGCAAAAGAAAUUUUUGAAUAUCUGAGUUCACAACAGAAAGACUUUACUGACUUAGAGUGGAACACCCUUAACGAUUUCGAAUUUAUUCCAAUUCAAGAUGUAAGUCAAUCCGAAAUCAUUAACAAGCUUAUCAAACCACGCGAAUGUCUCUUUAAACUUAAAGAAGAAAGCUUGAAUGAUUUCUUUCCCUGUGUCGAUUUUGGAACAAAAGCCAAUAAAUUUUUGGCCAAGUGUGGUGUUAAAGAUGAACCAUCUUCAGCAGACUUUGUCCAAUUAUCAGUUAACUCUUCACAUAAAUUGUGGAAUUUAUAUUUAAAGAAAUAUUUGAACAUUUUGGAAAUAAUUAACCCCAAUCUCGAAAUAAUCCUUGAACUAUCAGCACCUCCAAUGGAUCCUAAAAUUCGUGAGAUGUCUCUUAAGUAUUUUAUUGAUAAUUUUGAUAAAAAGUAUUCAAAACAUUAUAAACCAGAAGAUAUCGAUAUUGCAUUUUUACCUUGUUCAAAUUCCAAUACCUAUGCAAAACCUUCAGAGUGUUUUAUUGAUGAUAGAUGCAUGAUAAUGAAUUUCGAAACUAUACGUGAAGAUUUACGUUCUAAAGUAGAAAAAUUUGGCGUUCGUCAACAUCCUAAUCAUGAAAAACUUGUAAAGAGGUUAACUGAGAAUCCACCACAGAAUAAAAAUGAGGCAACGGAAGUCUUCGAGUAUUUGAAUUCACAACAACAUGACUUUGCUGAUUUUGAUUGGAAUAUUCUUAAUAAUUUCGAAUUUAUUCCAAUUCAAAAUGAAAGUCAAUCUGACGAAAUUAUUAACAAACUUGUCAACCCACGUGAAUGUUUCUUUAAACUUAAGGAAGAAAGCUUGAAUGAUUUUUUUCUCUGUGUUGAUUUUGGAACAAAGGCUAAUGAAUUUUUGGCCAAAUGUGGUGUUAAGGAACCAUCUUCAGAUGAUUUUGCCCGAUUAUCAGUUAAUUCAUCACAUAAAUUAUGGAAUUUAUAUGUAGAAAAAUAUCCGAACAUCCUAGAAAAAAUUAAUCCCAAUCUCGAAACAAUUCUCGGACUGGCAGCUCCUCCCUCUGAUCCUAAAUUUCGUGAAAUGGCUCUUAAAUAUUUUAUUGACAAUUUUGAUAAUAAGUAUUCAAAAUAUUAUAAACCAGAAGAUAUCGAUAUUGCAUUUUUACCCUGUUCAAAUUCCAAUACCUAUGCAAAACCUUCGGAGUGUUUUAUUGAUGAUAGAUGCAUGAUAAUGAAUUUCCGAGCUAUAUGUAAAGAUUUACGUUCUAAUGUGGAAAAAUUUGGUGUUCGUCAACAUCCUAACCAUGAAAAACUCGUUAAGAGUUUAACUGAGAAUCCACCACAAAAUGAAGAUGAGGCAAAGAAUGUUUUUGAAUAUUUGGACUCACAACAGCAUGACUUUACUGAUUCUGAUUGGGGUACUCUUAAUAAUUUCGAAUUUAUUCCAAUUAAAAGUGAAAGUCAAUCUAACGAAAUUAUUAACAAACUUAUCAAACCACGCGACUGUUUUUUUAAAGAAGAAAGGUAUGUACUACUUCUCAAAUAGAUAAAUCUUUCUUUUUUUUUAACGAGGAAAUUAUUAAUCAUCUUAAGAUAUUUAUAAUUUUUUACUUUUAGCUUAAAUGAAUUCUUUCCAUGUGUUGAUUUUGGAACAAAAGCCAAUAGAUUUUUGGCCAAAUGUGGUGUUAAUAACGAGCCAUCUUCAGCAGAUUUUGCCCGAUUAUUAGUUAACUCGCCGAAUAAAUUAUGGAAUUUAUACAAAAAUGAUAUAACAAAAUAUUUGGAAAAAAUUAAAUUUAACGAGAAUCUUGAUAAUAUAACUUUGGGAAAAAAGAAAGAUGAUGAUAAUUUAAUAGCUAUUAAAAUUGGUCAU